GUGGAUGCCCAUAACAUCGUGCCCUGUUGGGAAGCCUCUGAUAAGAGAGAGUAUGGUGCCAGAACAAUCAGAAAUAAAAUACAGAGUAAACUUCCAGAGUACCUCACAGAGUUUCCUCCUGUCAUACGCCACCCUUAUGCUGCCAAGACCAAGGCUGAGCCAGUUGACUGGUCGGCUGCCGAGGCAUCGCUACAGAUUGACCGGACGGUGACGGAGGUCAAGUGGGCGUCGCCGGGAACCACAGCAGGGCUGAGAACGCUGGAGACAUUCUGCAAGGAGCGCCUGAAGUUCUUCAACGCGGACAGAAACAACCCCAAUAAAAACGUCUGCAGUAAUCUCUCCCCCUGGAUUCACUUUGGCCAGGUGUCUGCCCAGAGAUGUGCCCUGGUAGUUAAACAGUUCAAGUCCAAGUUCAAAGAGGGAGGAGAUGCUUUCCUGGAGGAAUCCAUCAUAAGGAGAGAAUUGUCGGAUAAUUUUUGUUACUAUGUGGAGAACUAUGACUCCAUAGAGUGUGCAUACGACUGGGCCAAGGAGACGUUACAAAAACAUGCCAGUGACAAGCGCGAGUACGUUUACACAUGUAAACAGUUGGAGGAAGGGAAAACACAUGACGAUCUCUGGAAUGCAGCACAGCUACAAAUGGUAAAAGAGGGCAAGAUGCAUGGAUUCCUCAGAAUGUACUGGGCAAAGAAAAUCCUGGAGUGGACCACCAGUCCCGAGGAGGCUUUGAAAAUUAGUAUUUAUCUCAAUGAUAGGUAUGAGCUGGAUGGAAGAGAUCCUAAUGGAUACGUAGGUUGUAUGUGGAGCAUAUGUGGUAUUCAUGACCAGGGAUGGGGAGAGAGACCUGUGUUUGGAAAGAUACGCUUUAUGAAUUAUCAAGGAUGCAAAAGGAAAUUUGAUGUCCCAGCUUUUGUUAGAAAAUAUGGAGGAAAGAAGCACUAAUAUCUGUAGACAUGUUUAUUUUUAAAUAACAGACAUUAGUUGUGACAUAUAAUACAUGGAAAUAUGGUUCAUGGAGUUCCCUGUUGUAAACGGCAGUGAUGCACAAGUGUCAGUAUAUUUUUAUGAAAUGUAGACGAAUGGUUAUCCUUAGCAAGUUAGACUUUCAAGGAUGCACAAUUCCAUAAAUUGAUGAUCAAUCUGUAGUAUGAUGGACUGAAUCUGUAGACUUAUCAGGUUUUGAAGAAAAUAUAUUUAAGAGGGAAGAAUUUCAUGUGACUAUAUAUUUGCUGAGAAGAACAUGGUUAGUUGGAAUCUAACCAGCUGAGUUAAGAGAAGGUUUUAUAUUACCGGUAUUUUUAUAUAUAGUCAGUGCGUGUACAUACCAAACUGAUAAAUCUUUUCAAAGAGCCAAAAUAUACUUUGAAUUUUAGAAAAUAAUUGAUAUUUUCAUAGUCUUCUUAAGUAUGAUGAUUAAAUAGAGAAGGAUAUUUGUAGUCUCGUUAUGCCUUUCUCCUGAUGGAUUUUUAUAAGUAUACCUUUAUUCUUACAGUCAUUAAGUGUAAUCACAUUGACUGAUGUCACAGGGUAUUUUUAUGAUUUACCUUUAUACUUACAGUCAUUAAAGGUACAUACGAACCGAGCAUCAGUUAACACA